AUGAAUGCAACACCAGAACGGGUCACGGGGGCGUUCCCCGCCACCCCUGCCACGAAAGUCCGAGGCAGAGCUCCUCCAACACCAGACGGAACCCCCGAUCGAGCGCCGCCCAACAGAGGGCCACCCGCGAAUCCCCUGCCGCCGGCCCCCGAGAAUCAAGGACGACGACAACAACCCCAGAGCAACCCAGUGAUACCCCUUACCGUCCUCGAUGCGCCUACACAACGCUUCUAUGCCCUCGGGUUCUACAUGGCCCUCGUGGCCUGGAAGCUCUACGACUGGGUCGGCUUGAUGGAGGACGAGUCCAGCUCGGUCUGGCUGUUCCUCAAAUGGAACGUCAUCGACCUCAUAUUCGUUAUGGGCCUUCCUGAGCUCAGAAUACCAUGGCUAGAGCUGACACAGCCUGCUUGUCUCGUCCUGUUCUUCGGGCAUGCCGUUUUUAACUUCAUUUUGAUGUUCAACAUCACGGCUGGCUUCACGGCUGCGCUUCUUGCUUUCCUGAAAGUCUUCUACGAUCGAGAGCUGGCCAUUUCCGAGCAUUACGUCCAGCCAGCCCACGUCUUGCACAAUGCGUCUGUGAUCUUGGGUAAACAAAUCAUCAAUAUUUUGCCUGAAGGCUCCGCCGUCCUCAACCCCGACGGCAAGGCCUUUUGCCUAGGAGACUCCCAGCCCACGAUCACGCUGCCUAUGCUGUUUAACGAGACAGUCCCGGUCGAAGUUGAGGUCAUCCGCGUUGAUCUAGAGACGAGCGUCCAAGAGACCCUGAAGCUCGGCAAAGACCAGAUCCGGACAAUCACCAAGAUGGCCAAGAGACGAGCGGAUAAUCCAGAUGAACCCGACGUUCAAUUCGACUACCCGGUUAAAAAGCCCGGUGUCUACAGGCUAGGGAGGGUUCUGGACGAGUACAAAUUGGAGGUGCAGCGCCUGACUGGGAACACCUAUGUUGUUCCAUGUCCGAAGGCUCGCGUCUUGCCGUCUCCAUCCUCUGAUCGCUGCCUCGGCGAUCUGUCUGACUUGUCGCUGCAGGUGGAGGGUACGCCACCACUGAAGAUUGUCUACAGCCAGAUGAUCAACGGCAAAGACCACAGCUUCCACUUUCAAAGUUUGCAGCCGGAAGGCUUCUCGUCUCCACUGAUGGGCUCGAGCAGGUCAUCGGCCCUGGUUCUUCCCGAUGACGACUCAUACGUCACGUGGGCUCGAGCUCAGAUAGUGACAGUGGGCUUGAACGAGUCCAUGAACUCUGGGGGAGAGUGGCAGUACUCUGUGGAUGAGGUUCAAGAUGCUUUUGGCAACAUCGUUAAGUACGCCUCGCCAGCAGAAGACCCAGAGAUGAAACCGAAACCGAAACACCUAGUACAGCAGUUCAGCGUCAAGGACCGGCCGACAGUGAGCCUUUUCGAUUGCAACAUGCGCCAUCCCCUCAAGGUUGCCAAAGGAAAGUCUACGAGCCUGCCUGUCAAAUAUGAGAUUGCAGAUGAGAAGAAGAACUCCAAACACUCUCUCACCUGGCUCUUUUCGCCUAUCGACACCCUUACGAAGAAUGGCGAUCACGGCGAGGCAGCGACUUUGGGUACCUACCAUGCAAAGAAGGCGGAUGAUGUGCCAAGUGUCUCGGCACCUGGACUGUACACACUCAAAUCCGUCUCGGCUGGCGUUUGUGAGGGUGAGGUGCAAGAGCCGUCGUCCUGCCUCCUGUUGAAUCCGCUCGAACCGAGCCUCGUGCUGCGUUCCAGCGACAUUCCAGACAAAUGUGCAGGCAACUCGAUUGGUGUUUCUGUGGAUUUCGACUUCGUCGGAACUCCGCCGUUCACAGUCUACUACAAGGCGAUUCACAACGGAUCUCCCGAGAGGAGGAGCUUCAAAGCCAAUAGUAUGAGGCACCAAGAGGAGUUCAUACCCACUGUCGCAGGGACACACAAGUAUGUCUUUGAGUACAUCAGUGAUAAAGUGUACCCUCAGCAACAGCUCAGCGGACCAGGCAUGACCCUGGAAACCACAGUCAAGCCUGUGGCCUCAGCCAGUAUUCGCAAGCCUUCCGAAGUUGUCAACGCUUGCCUGGAGGAGGAAGUCGAGGUCGACGUGGUACUACAAGGUGAAGCACCUUUCACGCUGGAAUGGGAACUCGUCCACGAUGGCAGGAGAAGACAACACAAGAUCUCGGAUAUCCAGGACAAGCACGUCAAGCUCCGGACACCGCCACUGUCACAGGGUGGAGAAUAUUCAGUUGCCCUGAUUGCUAUUACGGACACUUCAGGCUGCCGCGCUUUCUUGCAGGAUGAGAUGAAGAUUUCUGUCCGACGCCAGCGGCCCCGAGGAGCGUUUGGCCAACUGGACGGCAAGUUCAGGACCAGAACCCUCGAGGAGGCCAAGGUCAAGCUUCCUGUGCGUUUGAGCGGAGAGGGACCUUGGGAUGUCUACUUCAAGAACUUGGACGACGGCGACGCAGCCCCAUUGAAGAAGCGGAAGCUCAAGUCUGGCAAUGAUUUCUUGACUGUCGACAGACGUGGAGUCUACGAGAUCGUUGAUGUAUCGGAUAACAAGUGUCCCGGACUUGUCGACCCAAGAGCGGCGCAAUUCGAAGUCGACUGGCUUCCUCGGCCAGAGCUUGGCCUGGUGCUCACCCCAAGCAUAAACCUAGACCGUGAAUUCGUCUAUUCCAAAAACGAAGUAUGCGAGGGAGACAUUGACGGCUUUGAGAUUGCUCUCAAGGGCUCGCCACCGUUCCACGUGGAGUAUGAAGUUAAGCACAAGCCUGACGUCGGCGGUGUGUCCUCGCCGCACAAAAAGACCGUCGAUGCGGCUCUCGGCAAGGCCUCGAUACAGAUGGACACAUCGAAGUCGGGCCUAUACGCAUACAAGUUCACCGGGGUACAGGAUAGCGUUUACGUCGACAACAAGAAGCUCAAUCCCGUCACCUUGCACCAGACGGUUAACCCCAGGCCCUCUGCGUCCUUCACAAAACCCGGACAAACAUACAAAUCCUGCAUGGCGGACCAAGAUAUCGAAGAGACUAUCCCCGUCGAACUCACGGGCACUGCUCCGUUCUCAUUGGAGAUAGAGAUCAAGCAUCAAUCCGGCGCAGGCCUGGAGACCUACCGCAUCCCAUCUAUUCCGACAAAUAAGUUCGACGUCCGAAUUCCCCGGCAGUAUCUCAAGCUGGGCGGCCAAUCUGUCCGCAUCCGCCAGGUCGGUGAUGCCCACGGGUGCCGACGGAUUUAUGAUACCAGUGGUCCAGCUGUGCAGGUUCAACUUUACGACGCACCAACCAUCUACGAGCUUGAAGGAAGGCAGGACUACUGCGUGGGUGAGCGCAUCGGAUACACACUGUCCGGCACGCCGCCGUUCGAGGUAUGGUACAACUUUGAUGGCUCGCAACGCAAAGCCAAGUCCCCGACUACCAGCUUCCGCCGUUUGGCCGAGUACCCCGGCACCUUCGCUAUCACGUCGAUCAGCGACCGGGCGUCCGAGUGCAACUCCAACGUCAACAUCACCAAGGUCAUCCAUCCGAUGCCGUCCGUCAAGAUCUCCAAGGGAAAGACAUCCCGGGCAUCUAUCCAUGAGGGCGGAGAGGUGAACAUUCUCUUCGAGUUCACUGGCUCGCCGCCGUUUGAGUUCGUCUACACGCGAAGCACCAACGCCAAGAAGGGCCAGCGGAGUCAGGUCCUUGAGACACGGUCUGACAUAAGCUACGACUUCUCGAAGGUGGUCAAGGCUAGCCAGGAGGGUACGUACGAGGUCAUCUCAAUCAGAGACCAGCACUGCUCGUUCCAGACGGCCCAGGUCCAUGCGGAGUCGAGCGAUAAGCUUCUGCAGUAUUGA